UUAUUGUCUGGAAACAACAAAGGACAGGAAAAAAGAGAAGGAAACAGCAGAAAGAGUCCAGAGUUGUGUUCCCUUUGGAUUCUGAGAUGACGCCUCCAGGGGGCAGCACCAAGGCAGAGAACUAGACUAAGAUCACUCAGUCCUGUCCUCUGUCUGGGGCUCCCCACAGGUCCCCACCAUCACUCCUCCCAUUCCUCCCAACUUUAUUUUUAGCUGGCAGUGGGAGGGGGCAGGAUGGGAGGGAAACUAACGAAAACAGAAGAGGAGAGGGACAGAGGCACAGAGGACUUCUCACGCGGCCAGAACAGCCAGGCAUGGAGCUGCCUCUCAUCCCUCACCUGUUCUUGUCCCUGAUGGUCCUGACAGGUCUCUGCUCCCCCUUCAACCUGGAUGUGCAUCACCCACGUCUGUUCCCAGGGCCACCUGAGGCUGAAUUUGGAUACAGUGUCUUACAACAUGUUGGGGGUGGACAGCGAUGGAUGCUGGUGGGUGCCCCCUGGGAUGGGCCUUCUGGUGACCGAAGGGGAGACAUUUACCGCUGCCCCAUAGGGAGAUCCCACAAUGCCUCAUGUGCCAAGGUCCACUUGGGUGACUACCCACUGGGAAAUUCAUCUCGUCCUGCUGUGAACAUGCACUUGGGGAUGUCUCUACUGGAGACAGAUGGUGAUGGGGGAUUCAUGGCCUGUGCCCCUCUCUGGUCUCGUGCUUGCGGUUCCUCUGUCUUCAGUUCUGGAAUAUGUGCCCAUGUAGAUGCUUCAUUCCGGCCCCGGGGAAGCCUGGCACCCACUGCACAGCGCUGCCCCACAUACAUGGAUGUUGUCAUCGUCUUGGAUGGCUCCAACAGCAUCUACCCCUGGUCUGAAGUUCAGACUUUCCUACGAAGACUGGUGGGAAGACUGUUCAUUGACCCAGAGCAGAUACAGGUGGGGCUGGUACAGUAUGGUGAGAGCCCUGUACAUGAGUGGUCCCUGGGAGAUUUCCGAACCAAGGAAGAAGUGGUGAGAGCGGCAAGGAACCUGAGUCGGCGGGAGGGACGAGAAACAAAGACUGCCCAAGCAAUAAUGGUGGCCUGCACAGAAGGAUUCAGUCAGUCCCGCGGGGGCCGCCCGGAGGCUGCCAGGCUGCUGGUGGUUGUCACUGAUGGAGAAUCACAUGACGGAGAGGAGCUGCCCGCAGCACUGAAGGCCUGUGAGGCCGGACGAGUGACCCGCUAUGGCAUUGCCGUCCUCGGCCACUACCUCCGGCGGCAGCGAGACCCCAGCUCUUUCGUGCAGGAAAUCAGAGCUAUCGCCAGUGACCCAGACGAGAGGUUCUUUUUCAAUGUCACCGAUGAAGCUGCACUGACCGACAUUGUGGACGCACUGGGAGACCGGAUUUUUGGCCUUGAGGGGUCCCAUGGAGAAAACGAAAGCUCCUUUGGCCUGGAAAUGUCUCAGAUUGGUUUCUCUGCUCAUCGGCUAAAGGAUGGGAUUCUCUUUGGGAUGGUGGGGGCCUAUGACUGGGGGGGCUCCGUGUUAUUAUGGCUUGAAGAAGGUCACCACCUUUUCCCCCCACGGACCGCCCUGGAAGAUGAGUUCCCCCCUGCAUUGCAGAACCACGCGGCCUACCUGGGUUACUCUGUUUCCUCCAUGCUUUUGCGGGGUGGACAACGCCUCUUCCUCUCGGGGGCUCCUCGGUUUAGACAUCGAGGAAAGGUCAUCGCCUUCCAGCUUAAGAAAGAUGGGGCUGUGAGGGUCGCCCAGAGCCUCCAGGGGGAGCAGAUUGGCUCAUACUUUGGCAGUGAGCUCUGCCCAUUGGAUACAGAUGGCGAUGGGACAACUGAUGUCUUACUCGUGGCUGCCCCCAUGUUUCUGGGACCCCAGAACAAGGAGACAGGACGUGUUUAUGUGUAUCUGGUGGGUCAGCAGUCCUUGCUCACACUGCAGGGAACACUUCAUCCGGAACCCCCCCAGGAUGCUCGGCUUGGUUUUGCCAUGGCUGCCCUUCCUGACCUGAACCACGACGGCUUUGCUGACGUGGCGGUGGGGGCACCGCUGGAGGAUGGGCACCGUGGAGCGCUGUACCUCUAUCAUGGGGCUCCGAGUGGAGUCAGGCCCCGCCCUGCCCAGCGGAUCGCUGCUGUCUCCAUGCCACGGGCCCUCAGCUACUUUGGCCGAAGUGUAGAUGGCCGGUUAGAUCUGGAUGGAGAUGACCUGGUGGAUGUGGCUGUGGGUGCCCAAGGGGCGGCUAUCCUGCUCAGCUCCCGGCCCAUUGUCCGCCUGGCCCCGUCGCUGGUUGUGACCCCGCCGGCCAUCAGUGUGGUUCAGAGAGACUGCGCGCGGCGAGGCCAGGAGGCAGCCUGCCUCUCUGCGCUCCUCUGCUUCCGAGCAACCUCCCGCACGCCUGGCCGCUGGGAUCGCCGGCUCUACUUGCAGUUCACAGCAUCACUGGACGAGUGGACAGCUGGAGCCCGGGCAGCUUUUGACGGCGCUGGCCAGAGGCUGGCCCCUCGGCGGCUCCGGCUCACUGUGGGGAAUGUCACCUGUGAGCGGCUACACUUCCAUGUGCUGGAUACAUCAGACUACCUCCGGCCGGUGGCCUUGACUGUGACCUUUGCUUUGGACAACACCACAAAGCCAGGCCCUGUGCUGGACGAGGGCUCACUCACCUCGAUACGAAAGCUGGUGCCCUUCUCAAAGGACUGUGGCCAAGACAAUGAAUGUGUCACAGACCUGGUGCUCCGGGCGAAUAUGGACAUCAGAGGCUCCAGGAAGGACCCGUUCGUGGUUCAAGGUCGGCGGAAAGUGCUGGUGACAGCCACCCUGGAGAACAGGAAGGAGAAUGCCUACAACACCAGCCUGAGCCUCAGCUUCUCUAGAAACCUCCACCUGGCCAGUUUCACUCCUCAGAGGGACAGGUCGGUGAAGGUGGAGUGUGCCGCGCCUUCCCCUCACGCCCGGCUCUGCAGUGUGGGACAUCCCGUCUUUCAGACUGGAGCCAAGGUGACCUUUCUGCUAGAGUUUGAGUUUAGCUGCUCCUCCCUCCUGAGCCAGGUCCUUGUGAGGCUGACUGCCACCAGCAAUAGCCUGGAGAGAAAUGGGACCCUUCACGAUAACAAGGCCCAGACCUCAGCCUACAUCCAGUAUGAGCCUCACCUGCUCUUCUCUAGUGAGUCCACUAUGCACCGCUAUGAGGUUCAUCCAUACGGGACCCUCCCAGUGGGUCCUGGCCCUGAAUUUAAGACCACUCUUAGGGUUCAGAACCUUGGCUGCUAUGUGGUCAGCGGCCUCGUCAUCUCAGCUUUCCUUCCAGCCGUGGCCCAUGGGGGCAACUACUUCCUGUCACUGUCUCAGGUCAUCACUCACAAUGCAAGCUGCGCGGUGCAGAAUCUGACUGAGCCCCCUGGGCCCCAUGCGCACCCAGAGGAGCUUCAGCACACCAGCCGGCUGAACGGGAGCAACACUCGGUGUCAGGUCGUGCGGUGCCACCUUGGGCGGCUCGCUAAGGGGACCGAGGCCUCUGUCGGACUACUGAGACUGGUUCACAAUGAAUUCUUCCGGAGGGCCAAAUUCAAGUCUCUGACAGUGGUCAGCACCUUCGAGCUGGGCGCUGAGGAGGGCAGUGUCCUACGGCUGACCGAAGCUUCCCGCUGGAGUGAGAGCCUCCUGGAGGUGAUCCAGACGCGCCCUGUGCUCAUCUCCCUGUGGAUCCUCAUUGGCAGCGUCCUGGGAGGGCUGCUGCUGCUGGCUUUCCUCGUCUUCUGCCUUUGGAAGCUUGGCUUCUUUGCCCGUAAGAAGAUCCCCGAGGAAGAAAAAAGAGAAGAGAAACCGGAGCAAUGAAUGUAGAAUAGAGUCCUGGAAAGUCCUCCCUGGAAGCUUCUCCAAAAGACUCGCCAAAGAGCGAAGGCUGGGGGUUCCGAGGGGACGAGAAUCAGCCCCUGGACGGCCUCCCCUCGCCUGAACCCUGACUUGACUUUGGAGUCAUGAGGAAGCUGCUGGCAGGAGAUGAGGCCUCACCUCAGACAAGAAGGGCUGGCACCCCGACUAGGAGCACUCCCUCUGUCUGCUCCCCUCCUCAUGACCACGGUUCACGGCCUACACGGGGCCUUUUUCUCCAGCCUCGGGAAUCGGGAAUUUGCUGCCUAGGUCCCUGCCUCCUUUCAGAUUCCCCUACGGCCUCCUUCACAGUUUGGGAAGGGUGAGGGUUGUCUUCCUCGUCCCCUGCCUCUCAUCUUCCUGCUGGCUCCCCGCUCCACAGGAGGGAGCUGACGUUGGCUUGAAAGAAGUAAAGUCAACAUCUGCUGCUCUCCUCUGGAGUCUGGUGAUUCAGAAAGCCAACUGGGGAGAGUCAACAGGAAAAAAGAGGGAGGAGGAAAAGCCACAAGAGACAUUCUGUACAAUUCCAAGGAACAGAGAAGCCUUUAGACAGGCAACUGCCAUCCCCCUGAAACCUGAGACCUGGCGGUGCACUGGCCCGCCCUCAGGUGCUGGGGAAAGGAGCCGCUCAGGGCCUGCUGGGCAUGGGUUUCCCAGCUCCCACCAUUCCCUGGGAGCAAAGCCAGGUCCCCGAAUCUCUGGAGCCAGGGGCCCCCCGGUGGCUAGAGGUGGAAUAGCAGAGCAGCCUGUCUACCCCAGGCAGCAUUUUCUCCUCCCUCAGGCCUCUCAAACUUUUGAGCCCUCUAUAAACUGCAGAGAAGGGAAAGGAUUGCCGCUUGACGGUGGGAAACCCUUCCACCUUACCAGCUUGGGGAAGCAGCAGCCCCAUGGAGCCUGAAUGAGUGGGGUUUGCAUUGAGGAGGAAGCUAAAGUGCGUGGCAGGAGGUGUCUGAGGAGCCAGCCCUUCCUUGCUCAGCAGGGGUUAUUGAGCACAAAUAGCUCCUAGGAACAUGCUUCUGGGGCAGCUCCUACUUUGUGGGGCUUCUCUGGUGGAAGCGCGUUGCCAGCCCCUGCCUGAUGUUUACUAGAAAUUCUCAAGUUCAUUUCCAUCUCUGGACCACCCCACCCUGUCCCAUGUUUUGGUCAUGGCCGGUUAAGAGAAUUUGAUUCUCAUCAACAACUGGGUAACUUAUAUUUCUUUGUAAUCAAGACUUGGGAUAACAAAGUCAGUUACUGGUCUCCAGGGUGCGGCACCCAUUUAGAGCUGAGACCAGGCAUCUGACUAGUAGCCAUAGAACCUGUCCUUCAGGGCUGUCCUUGAGGCCCACAGUAUUUACUUUGGCAUGUCUCGAGCUGUUUGCAGAGGGCAUUGUCUCUGUUUUCCAGCAUGGUGGGCAGCAUAUCAGAUGGCCAGAACAAAUAAAGUUCGUGUCAAGUGA